UUAGGACACUGGCAUGACUAGUCUCACUGUAGCAGAAGUCCUGAGCAAGGAAACAGUCAAGGCUCUCUCUCGCUUACUGGUAGAAUCCUUUGUGUAGGCACCUCUGCCAUGAGCUCCCAGACUCUGCCUCUCUCUCAGGAGACUCUAGCCCAGUUCAACCAUGACCAGGCGGCCGACGGCCCGCAGCGCCUUCGCAGGGCGUCCGUCUCCACCCGCCGCUGCUCGCGAGACAACUCCAAAAACCACCUUCCCUCCAGACCUCCACCCCCGCUCCUCAGGAGGCUGUCAGAUGCCUCCCACCUCAGUCGUGCUACGAGCUACCCAGCCUCUCCCUUCCCGCGCAGAGACUCAGUCUUUUUUAGCAAGCGCUUCUCUGUCGGGGCCUGGACGCACGGCGGACGGGUUAGUUUCUCAGGACUGCUGCUCCCUCAGCCGGCACACGAGGUCAGUCUGGAGAACAGCUACAGAAUGGGACCUGACCCAGGGAACACAUUCAGCACAAGCCGGACACAACAGAUCCUUCAGGCCACGUUGGAUAGUUAUUUAGACGGAGCGCGCUACAACUCAAACACAUGUAGCCAGCUCAGUCUAAUUCUAGCCGAUCUGGUGCGAGGUAAAAUCAAAGACACCUGCCCCCCACGCUACAAGCUUGUCUGCCAGGUAGUAAUUGGCCAGAACAGUAAUCAGAGCCUCGCUGUAGCCAGUCGUGGCUUGUUAGACUCCUCGAGAGAUGACUUUGCCGCAGCCACCUUCCAGAACAACUCUCUCUUCACUGUGGCGGUGGUGUAUGGAAGUUACUACGAGUGAAGAGGGAGAAAUCAAUCCAGGUCACUACGCUAAAAAGGGAGUUGGACAAGAUGAACAUUGAGAGUCCUCAGAACCAGCAAACCAUCUUUGUCAAAGAGGAAAACAUUCAGUCCCUUUCAAAUUUGAGCUUGAGCUUUUCACGCCAUCACCCUCUCUCCAUCGGACUGUAGUGGCCCUGUUGAAAUGGAGCUCAGCUUGACGGCAAAGCCUCUCAGGCCGAUAUCUUAUCCAGCCCACCCACCCACCACCCCCCACCCUGCCUAGGGGCUUCUCAAGAAAAUCAGUCAGCAAAGUGAAGUCAUUUUUAAAUACUGUACUUUAUUUUUCGUAAUUCUCCCCAAACACAUAAAAGGUGAACAUAUUGAAUUAUCCCCCCCGUGUCAACACCAUACAUUUACACAAAUAAAUAAAAAAGUAUAAAUAAAAA